AUGGACCUUCAAGAAGUUAUUACAGAACUGAGUAGAACAGAAGAGAUCCGGACAGUUUUGUACUUUCUCAAUGAUGCCGAGGAAGAAACAGACCAGAUUAUUCUGAAGGAUUUAAACCCUCUUAUUGGGACCAUUCCGAAACUUAUACUCAAAGAUGCUUCACAGGGAAUGACUAUAAAGGAUGAUUUCAACGAAGAUACUUUGUCCCUAGUUUUUGCCUCAAAUUGGACCAACGGAACUAUCAUGGAAACUGUCAAAGGAACUCUAAAAGGGAGUGUUAUGUCGAAAGUCAUCUUUAACUUCUGCAUAGAGGAUGUUUCUGAGGAGAUUCUGGAAGAGAUGUUCACCUGGUUGUGGUACCAUCGGAUGUUUAAGAGUCUCGUCAUUUGGAACAAUCACACGUUCACGUUCAAUCCGUAUCCUGACAUAAGCAUUGCAGAGGUCACAUCAGCAAGAUCGCUUAGUUCCGUUUUCUCAAAGAAAGUAGUCAACUUUGAGAGGAGUUCCAUCAAGGUCAUCCUCAAUUUGGGCGCAGCAUCCUUCAUCAAAUAUGUAGAUCGUAAAGGAAACUUGCAAUACGGCGGUCCCUUUCUAAAAACCAUCCUCACAUUUAUUGAAAAGCGAAAUGGAACUUUCUCUGAAUAUAAUCGGAAAUUUAGUGACAUUACAGAAUUAAGAACUGCUCUUGCUCGGAGAGAGGUCGAUAUAAUGUCAGUCAUGGUGAUGGGGUAUGGGACCAAUGACGAAUUGACAUAUCCUGUAUUGUUCGAUUCAUCGUGUAUCAUGUUCCCGUAUCAAAAGGAAGUUCCCAGAGCAUACUAUCUAAUGUUGCCGUUUCAAAAAUCAAGUUGGAUCCUAGUUGUCAGUGGAAUAUUGGUUUUAUUCAUAUUUGUGAUAGUUUCGGAAUCCCUGAAUGGCAGAAAAUUCAGUUCCUUAUUUCAGGAAACGUUAUUCCUGGUCUUGCGGAUGGUCAUCCAGCAGAUAGAUUUCAAAGAUGGGCCGCUCGCGGGCCGCCUGCUAAUUCAUAUUCUGGGAGUCGUCCACUUUAUGCUUCUGUCAAGCCUUUAUCAAAGCGGCUUGAGCAGCUUCUACACCAAAUCGGUCGCCGGCACGCAAAUCGACACUGCCGAGGAUCUAUUCAGAACCCAGUAUCGAAUAUUGAUUAAACCUCAGACACUGUAUUUUCUCCGCCUUCAAAGUGGUUUUGGCCAUAAUGUCCUGGAACGUUUCUUACCAACUAUUGACCCGCUAUCUGGCAAUCUCAAUAAAGUGAAUAUGAAGUUUGGUUAUUUUAUAGGAACAGAAUAUUUGGCCAUUUUCAAUGAGAUAGAGAGACAAUACUCAAAAAGAUACUUUCAUAACAGCAAAAUGUGCUUAUUUCAGACACCCAUUUGUAUCAUGAUCCAAAAGGACUACCCAUUCAAGGAAGAAUUUAAUGAAGUGAUACUUCGGCUAACUGCCAGCGGCUUCAUUGAUAAGUGGCAAAAGGGAGUUUUCUACGAAAACAAGGAAGCAGGAUAUAUAAAUAUGACCCUGACAACUGAAAGCCUCUUGAGACCUUUGGUAUUUGACGAACUCUAUGCAAUUUGGAUUAUUUAUACAAUAGGUGUCUUUGUAAGCAUUACUGUCUUAGCCGCAGAGAUAUUGUGGAAGUUAAUAAGAACCUCGUCAUGCUUAAAUUUAAAUCAAUUUUAA